UAACGUUUCGUGACUUGCUGAAAUGUCUACAACCCUGAAAGAAAACAACAGGAAAUCAGAAGAGAAUCGAGCCUGAGAGUCGUUUGAUGCCAGAAUCAAAUCGACCAGUUGAAAUCAAAGAAAAUGUUGAAACGCGGAGCAAGUAAAAGUUACAGUGUGGAACCCAUUUACGAUCCGAAACAAAUAUCAGCGGUGAACAAACAAACAGAAAGUAAUGGCGAUCAUCCAUCAUCCGGCGAUAUCAGAGAGGAUGCGGAUAAGAAACAGCCGUUGCCCGACUACGCCAAACUCAUGGAGCCGGCCAAGGUGCGCAAGCGGCGCUAUUUCAGUUUGGGUGUCAUCUGUUUCACGGCCUUCAUCCUGGCCUUGUCCAUCUCGAUCGUCAUGACCAGCGCCAAACCUUACUUGGACCUAAUGGAUCCAGAAGCCGGCACCGAGUUUCUGGGACUGUACAUCGCGUCCCAGCCGCUGGCCCAGCUCUUUUUCAGUCCGCUGAUGGGUUUCCUGGGCAAUCGACUGGGAUCGAUCCGAAUUCCGGCUAUAAUUUCGACGCUCAUCAUGGCCGUCGGCUUCACUUUUUACGCCUGCAUCUCGGCCUUACCCGAGCCGAGGAAAUGGUACCUCUUUGCAGCUCGAUUCGUCAUCGGAGCCGCUAGCGGGACGUCCACUUUGGGUUACAGUUACGUCGCCUCGGCCAGCACGGUCAAAGAGAGGACGACGGCCCUGUCUCUUCUACAAAUGUCCAAGUCUUCGGCCUUUAUCAUCGGACCACUGAUCCAGGCGGCGUUUGCGUCUCUGGGCGACGGGCAAGACCGUCCGAUUGGCAACGAUUCCCACAUCUACUGGAACAUGUACACGGCUCCGGCCUGGCUGGCCGUUCUACUGUCGCUCAUCAACAUCGUCGUCCUGAUGCCGUUCAUCUUCACCGAGUUCUACAUCGCCAAAGAGGAGGGCGACUAUUUGGCCGCCAGGGGACUCAAGAAAUCCUCACCCGACGACGAAGAAAUUGUCAAAAAAAUGAAGCCGGACAAAGUGGCUUUGGUCGUCUGCAUCGUCAUCACUGCCACGACCCAAUUUAAUUUCAAUUUCAUCGAAAGCACGGCGACGUUGGUGGUGAUUGAGCAGCUAGGCGUGACUCCGACCCGGGCGGUAGUCUUGGUGGGCAUCAUGUAUUCGGCAGCCGGAGUCUACGGUCUCUUCAUGUUUGGCUUAGUCGGCCCAAUAUCCCGCAAAGUGGGUGAACGGAUUGUGUUGAUGGUCGGAAUUCUAUUCGCCAUGUCGGGAGUUAUCUGCGUCUAUCCUUACGGCGGUCCUCUGCCACCGUUGAAAUUCAUCAACGAAACAAUUGACGAAUUAACGACGGUGAGCCUUUCUAAGUCGUGGAAUCUCUUGGAAUCGCCCAGCAUCGAAGAUGAUUUCCCAAUUUGUUACAACGCCACUACAGCCUUGACGGAUGGAGCCGGUUGUCCGGUCGACAUUCAGCCCUGGUGUUGCGAGAUUCCAGCCAUCCACUCUGAACAGCUGAUCGCAGGCUACCUGCUCAUCUUCACCGGCGUCCCCAUCGCCAUCAUGAUGGUCAACGUCAUUUUCAGCAAAGUUCUCGGCCCUUAUCCGCAGGGCACCUGGACGGGACUUUUGGGCGCCGGAACGGCCGUGGCUCGAAUCCUAUGUCCACUCUGCGUCACCAGUUUGUACGCCGCCUUCGGCAUGCUGGCCACUUGCGGUUUCCUGACGUCCGUCAUGGUGGUCGUCCUUGUCAUCUUCGCCUUAUCCUUCCGUCGCCUUGUCCCAUAUCGACACGCCCACUCUUAGUUAAAGAGACCUCGCCCUCAAUCAUUUUUCUCAAAUGACUAGUCCUAUUUUAUAUUUGUCCGGCUACAAAAAAUAACAAACGGCCUUAGAAUGUCCAUUUUGUCGCUCGAUAAUAUCAAUAUAACUAAAACGCAACUACAGUUCGAUAUUGUCUAGACCCCUGGCGGCGGGUUCGGGAUGUUAUCUGUUACACACACAAAGUCGAGAUAACGAUGGCCCAGCCACAAUAUAUUUUGUUGUUUCAUUUGUUGACGAAAUGUUUGACGAUUGUACAAAAUAUUGAAAUAAAUGCGUAAAAAGCCGA